AUGAGUUUAAAGGGCAAAUUGUUUUUAUCAUAAAAAGUAGAUCUAGGUUAUAAAUCUAAUGAAGACAGUAUACGGCCUGCAACUACAACAGCUGGUACUGGAAGUGAUUUUUAAUUUGAAAGUAGAUUUUAAUAAAGUACAUAUAAACCUCUAUAUAUGAAACCUAAUUCAUUAAAUACAAUAAGAAAUAUCUUUGAUGGUAUGAAAAUAAAAUUUAUAUAAUUAGAGGUUAAUAAUGAGGAGAGAAAGAAAUACAAAGAUAAUUAAGUUGGACCAAGAUAUGAGGAUGAUAAAAAGGAAAAGAUUGUAAAAUGGUCUAUUGUAGGUAAGGCUGAACAAUUUUUAGCAGUGAGAAAUAAAAAUAGAUAGAAGGUUGUAAUCAAAUAAAGAAAGUAGGAUGGAGAUGAUUCAUUUUCGGAUGAUGUUCCUUCUGUAAAACCUAUAGUAUUAUAACAAUCUUAAUCUUAAAUGUCUGGAAUGGGUUAAUCAAAAAAAACUCCUAAAAAACCUAGAGGAGAAUUUAAAAUGUUACCCAGAUAAGAUGCAUUAGUAAAGUUGGUUGAAGCUAAACGUAGAAUUGAAAAUGAUAAAUUAGAAAAGAUUAAACAAGAAUAAAAAUUACCUCUUCAUAUCAAAAAUGCAAUUAGCAGAGAUGAAAGAAUUCUAGAAUCUUUUGAUUAAUUGAAAGAUAAAUGGGAAUUAGUUAAUAAUUAAAUUGCAUCAAAUUGUGAAAGAUCUCCUAAUGAAACUAUAAUGGUUCGAUCUGAUAAUUAUAGGGAUAGAGUCUUAAAGUUAAAUAUUAUUGAAUCUCAAAAGAAUGAAGAUGAGAAACAUAAUGAUAGACUAUGGUAUCUUAGAUUAAGAUGGUAUGAUUGUAAGAAUGAAAGACCUCAAUUCUCUUUGAUUACCACAUAAAGAUCUAAAAGUAUUCCUAUGACUAGUAGAUUAAUUAAUAGAUAUGUGAGAGAUUAAAAUGCUGAACAUUUAAAUUAAUAAUAAAAUUUCGUGUUGUCUGAUAUUUAGAGCAAUUUUAAUACAAAAGUUAUUGAUAAUCCAUAUAAAUAAGUUGAAACAGUUAUACCAAAUAGUAUUAAUAUUUAAAAAAUUUAGCCAAAAAUUCCAAUUUAUAUACUAAGAAAUUGGAAUAAUAGUUUGAAAAAAAAAUAAAGGAUAAAUUCAAAAAAAAAUAUGUAGAUACUAAUGAAUAUUUGGAACUUGUUGGUCAAAAUGUAUAUAAAAAAGAAUUAGAAUUUAUAAUGAAAGAACAACAAUAAGAAUACCAAUAUUUUGAAGAGAAAGCAGAUGAAGAAGAAGUUUAUUUUAAUAAUUGGAAUAAUUAGUAAUUAGCAAAAAUGAGCCAACCAUUAAUAUAACAUUUCUGA